AUGCUUGCCGCUCGAAACGGCCACGCUCAUGUCGUUGUGAAUCUGAUCGAGCACUCGGCCGAUGUCAACGACCGCCGCUAUGACCAGCUGACUGCCCUGAUGGUGGCGGCACACGGCGGCGAGCUCGAGGUGGUGCGCGCUCUUGUCGAAAGCGGCGCCAUCAUCAACGAAGGCGACGACGACGGGUACACCUCCCUGAUGCAUGCCUGUGUCGGAGGCCACCCUGAUGUUGUCAGCUACCUUGUCGAGCACGGCGCCCUGCUGACCUCGGAGUGCAACAACGGCUGCACUGCCCUGAUGCUGGCGGCCGAAAACGGGCACCUGCGCGUCGUCAAGUUCCUGGUCGGCAAAGGUGCCUCGCUGGACCAACAGAGCCGAGACGGCUGGACGGCGCUGAUUGCCGCCGCUCAAGACGGGCAGAUGGCCGUUGUCGAGUAUCUGGCCCAAGCCCAGGCGCCCCUGGAUCAAGCCGACAACGAUGGAUGGACGCCCCUGGUGCAUGCCUCCCGAAACGGCCAUUUGAAUGUGGUGCAGUUCCUGGUCGAAAAGCAGGCCAAGAUCAACCUGGCGACCACAGACGGACGCACGCCGCUGACCCAAGCCUCGCUCAGCGGGCAUCUGGAGAUUGUCAAGUACUUGCUGCAGAAGGGAGCUGUGGUCAACCAGCAGCCCGACGAGGGCUGGACAGCGCUCAUGCUGGCAGCACAGAAUGGCCAUCUGCAUGUCGCCAAGCACCUCGUCGAAAGCCAAGCCUCACCCGCACUCGAGAGCAAAGAUGGACGAACGGCUUUGAUCCAAGCGUCGCUGAACGGCCACCUGGAAGUUGUCCAGUUCCUGAUCGAGAGCGGCGCCCUGGUCAACCAGCAGCCCGGCAAAUCUUGGACCGCGCUGAUGGUCGCUGCCCAGAACGGCCAUCUCGAGGUCGUCCACACGCUGCUGGACAAUCAAGCCAACGUCAACCAGCAGAGUAGGGACGGGCGAACGGCGCUGAUCCAGGCGUCGCGCAACGGACGCACUGAGGUCGUUAAAUACCUCAUCGAAAAGACCGCCGAGAUCGAAGCAACGACCAAAGACGGAUACACCUCGCUGAUGGUCGCCGCCCAAAACGGACAUGCCGACGUGGUCGAGUGCCUCCUGGAAGCCGGUGCGGUCGUGGAGCACGAAUCAACCGACGGCUGGACGGCGCUCAAAUAUGCUGCGUCGAACGGACAUGUGCAGGUUGUCCAACUGCUUGCCAAACAAGCCUCGUCCGUGAACCAAGUCACCCGAGACAGCUGGACGGCGCUGAUGGUCGCGGCCCAGGGCGGCAAGCUCGAAGUCGUCAAGGUCCUGUGCGAACACAACGCCGAUCUGUCCUAUGGAGCCGGCCGCGGCCUGACGCCGCUGAUUCUCGCUUCACAAAACGGUCACCUGGAUGUCGUCGAAUACCUCUUCGAAAUGGGAUCGAACAUUAUCGAGCAGACGGUAGACGGCUGGACGGCGCUGACAACCGCGUCUCAGUACGGCCAGUACGCCGUUGUGCAGUAUCUGAUCCAGAAAGGUGCGCCGGUCAGCGACGAAGACGAGCUUGGCUGGACGGCGUUGAUCUAUGCCGCCCGCAACGGCCACCAAACCAUCGUGCGGAUCCUGCUGAUCGACCAGGGUGCCGAUGUCAACGAGCAGAGCCGAGACGGACGAACGGCACUGAUCCAGGCAUCGCUCAACGGCCACCUCAGCGUCGUCAACUACCUGCUAGAGUUUGGUGCCCAAAUCAACCAGCAGCCCAACGAUGGCUGGACAGCCCUCAUGGUUGCCGCGCAGAACGGACACCUGGCCGUUGUGCAAACCCUGGUUGAACACGAGGCGCUGUUGAGCCAAAAGAGCCGAGAUGGCCGCACGGCGCUGGUCGAAGCCGCUCGCAAGGGACACAUUGAGAUCGUCAAGUACCUGUGCGAGAAAGAAGCCCUGCGCCAGCCCCGACCCAAGGACAUAUGGCUUGCCCUGCGACAGGCAUCGCAGAACGGGCACGUCGAGGUGGUCAAGUGCCUGAUCUUCGAAAACAAGGAUGUGAUCAUGAGGCUCGACAAGGGCUCGACGGCCCUCCGGCUGGCUCUGCAGUACGGACACAGCGAAAUUGCCAAGCUGCUGAUGGACAUGGGUGCCGUUCUCGACAGCAACGAUUCCAACGGCGAAGACGCCUUCCUGAAUGCCUGCCACAGCGGCAAGACCGAGCUGGUGUCGUUCAUCAUCGAGACAGGAGCCAACCUCAACGUCGUCAACCAGCAGGGCGAGAGUGGCCUGAUUAUCGCCGUCCGCGAGGGCCACAUCCACCUGGUCAAGCUCCUGCUCGGCACCAACAUCAACGUUCGCCACAAGCGCAAGGACGGUGAGUCGGCGCUGUCGCUGGCAUACCAGCUGGGGCACAUCGAGAUGCGCAACAUGAUCGAGGAAGCGAUCCGCCAGAACCGCCGGAGCACGUUGCUGUCGAUCGAAUAG